AUGGGCACGACGGGGUCUGGAUCUAUUCUGGAAGAAAAUAUUGAACAGUUUGAUUCAGUUGCCAUUAAGCAAUGCCUCGCGAAGUGUAGCGUGUACGGAUUCUGCGACUUCAUCGUCUACGACUCAGAACAUCUACGUUGUGAUCUCCUCCAUGAUGGAAGCAUUCCUCCAAGUUCAACCGGCAGUAUACUGCGGCCGACAGACCAGGGUAAGCGAUGUCUCCAAGGGCGCAGUAAGAAGGAAUUGUGUGUUUCAUACGGGAUGGUUGAUAAGGUUGGAAUGACUACAGGAACACCAAUUGGUCUCGACCAUAUGGUUACCAGCACGGAGAAGAGCAUUGCCAUACCUGGUCUAAUUUGGGAGACAAAGAGAGGAGAGAGAAGGGAGAGAGAUAGGGAUGGGGAAGAGAGGAGGGUGAGAGACAGGAGAGACAAAGAGGAAAGAGAGAGAGAUAGGGAUGAGGAAGAGAGGAGGGUGAGAGAGAGGGAGACAAAGAGAGAAGAGAGAGGGGAGACAAAGAGAGGAGAGAGAAGGGAGAGAGAUAGGGAUGGGGAAGAGAGGAGGGUGAGAGAGAGAGGGUUGAGAGACAAAGAGAGGAAAGAGAGAGAGAUAGGGAUGGGGAAGAGAGGAGGGUUGAGAGACAGGAGAGACAAAGAGGAAAGAGAGAGAGAUAGGGAUGAGGAAGAGAGGAGGGUGAGAGAGAGGGUUGAGAGACAAAGAGAGGAAAGAGAGAGAGAUAGGGAUGAGGAAGAGAGGAGGGGAGACAGAGGGAGACAAAGAGAGAAGAGAGAGAAGGGAGAGAGAUGGGGAUGGGGAAGAGAGGAGGGUUGA